UGGCUAUAUUUUUGCGAGAUUGUUUUUUGGUGUAGUGAUUGUGAUAUUAUAUUACAAUGAAAACAUUUUAAUUUACAUAUGUGUGUUAAAAAUAAGUUCUUAAGAAUUUACAUGCAUUUAUAUUUAUUUAUUAACAAUAUUUUUUAUUAAUUACCAAGUUCUGAGGAGCUUAGGAGAAGUUUCAAGUAUACAGCAAUAUCGUGUUCAGAAUAUGAUUUGCCGAUUAUGUCUAAGUAAAUGCGGAACUGGUUUUGAUUUAUUUAACGAUGAGGGUAAAAGAAAAAAUGCAGCGCAGUUAAUUGGAAAAUAUUUGUGGUUUGAACCAAAGUUGGAGGAUGGGCUUUCAAAUAUCUUAUGUUGGACAUGUUGGGAAAUUAUCGAUAAUUUCAAUCAAUUUUAUAUUAAAGUGGAACAUGCACAGAAAAGUGAAAAAUGCUUGGACUUCAAAAAAGAUGCUAGUGAAUUCGGGACUUCUAAAAAUGAAGAAAAUUCAAAGGAAUUUCAGUAUGAAGAUAAACUUGACAAUCAUUUCGGCAAUCUUGAUAAUAUCCUUACAGAAGAAGAUUUUACGGAUAAAAUUGAUGGAAGUGCCAAUAUUUGUUCAAGCCAAGUAACAAUUUCCAUUAAAAAUAACAAAACUUCAAAGUACAACGAAGAAGAAAUCUUAAACCAGAAUUCUGCUUCUGCUAAAAAGAUUAACCACCAAAUUAAAAGAUGUAAAAGAAACAACAUUACAGUAAAACAAAAAUCAAAGAAAGUUAAACAACACAAUCAGAAUCGCGAGACUGAUGAUAAAGUUCCAAUAUUUAACAAAAAGCUCUCUGACGAGGAUAAAGUAAUAGCUUCAAUUAUCAAAGUGUAUUGCAAUGUAUGCAAUUUGGAACAAAAAAACUUUUCGAAUUUAAAAAAGCAUUGCACUAUGGAACAUAAGCAAAAAGGUUUUGUCGUUUGUUGUGGAAAAAAAUAUUUUAAAAGGUUUUUAUUAGUGGAUCAUAUUGAGAAACAUCUUAACCCAGAAAGCUACAAGUGUAGUUCGUGCGAAAAAAGUUUUACAUCUAGGUGGACACUUAGAGACCAUAUACAAUUUAUACAUAAAAAUGUAGAAAAUAACAUUUUAUUCAAGUGUUCCCAAUGUGAAAAAAGUUUUACCAAUAAGAAUUUAAAGCUUCGACAUGAAUUGUUUCAUAUUCCUGAAGAAGAAAGAAAGUUCAGAUGUAUAUCAUGUGGAAAAGCUUUUCCAUCUAAAGCAACUUUAGACUGUCAUGUAAGGAUAGAACAUGAGAAGCGCUAUGCAGGAAUUUGUGACAUUUGUGGAAAAUCAUAUAAAAGCAAAGCCGAUCUUAAAAGGCAUCUCUGGGAACGGCAUGAAGGUGAUGACAAGGCCAAACUCCAAUGCAAGUUAUGUAACUCUGAAUUUUUAUCCAGAUACACAUAUCAACUUCACAAGAAUAACGAUCAUAGAAGCCAAAAUGUGGAACAGAAAUGCUCUUCUUGUGACAAAACUUUUCCUAAUUUAGAAGCACUCAGAAGUCAUGUUCGAUAUACACAUAAUGCAAAAGCAAAGUUUUACUGCAACAUAUGUGGGAGGUACUUUAAAAGACAGUUGGUUCUUAAGGAGCAUUUAGCUGUUCACACCGGCCAACCUCUUUAUAUCUGUCCACAUUGUCCCAAAACAUUCACACAUAGUUCUAAUAUGCACCAUCACCGAAAAAGGAUUCAUCCAAAAGAAUUUGAAGAAGCAAGACAACUUCAAAAUAUAAAACGGGAGCCUUGGUGCAAAAAGACAUCGUUGAAAAAUUAAAAUAAAUUCCAAUUCUUUCAAUUACGAGAUUAGGGAAAAUUAUUGAAUCUGUGUGAACAGUGAUCAAUAGACAUUUCCAGUAAUCAACAAUUGUGAAAGGAAUACUUGAAGCAUAAUUAUAACAAGCCCUAUCAUGAAUUCCCCUCGUAGAAUUCUACGAAUUACCAAGACGUAGACUUUUAAACGAUCAAAAUUCGUUUCGUAGAGACUAUGAUAUGAGAAAUCAGCAAUGGCAACACAAUUUUUCAGAGUGUCAAAAUCAGUAUUUUAUUUCAACUCUAUUUGUUAUGUUUUUUUGUUGCUAUUUGAGUACAACAACUUCAUAAAAGGAGGAUAUUCUUUAAAAACAGA